AUGUUGGUUCAAGCUAUAGCUGCUUUAUUUAAAUAUAAAGUUGUUGCUAACAUCAUUAUUCUUGCAUGCUGGAGUUCUUCUGAUCGGGUGAAUUUGAACAAAGAGUUCAGGAAAUAUGGUUUGCACGUAACAUUUUCUUGUGAUCCAUCCAUAUUAGAAUUUUCGUCCCAUCCUUAUCUACAAGGAGUUCUUUUAAUACCUUCAGAUAAUCACUACUUACAAAAGAUGAAGCCUGAGUAUUUUGGGAACUGGUACAAAUGGAUCAUAGUUGGCCAAGAGUUGCCAGAUUAUGUCAAUAACAUAAGAUACGACGCGGAUGUAUUUCUUAUUAGGACUCCGAAUAAUUCAACAUGGAUUGGGGCUGAUGGAAAGGAAUUCGUAAAAGACGUGUCCAUAUAUGAUGUAUAUUUUCAUCCGGGAGAAGGAGUGUCCUCACAUCCCUGGGGAUCCUGGACGGUUGAAGGACUACAGAUAUUGUAUGAAAAAGAAAGAAUACAAAGACGACGAAACUUGAAAAGAUAUCCACUGAGAAUUGCAACUCCUAUAGGAUCCUAUUCUGAAGACACCUAUAAUGGCACCUUCCACAAAUAUAUCACGGAUAUAAAGAUUCCUGAGCGGGAUUCCGGGAUACGAAGCAGUUACAACUCUUGCUUGUUGAUUAGCGAAAUACUUAACGCAACUGAUGUAUUGGUUCCAACUAUGUUGUGGAGUACAGAAAUUAAUAAUAGCAGUAUGAUGUUGGAACUGAGACUUGGUGCAUCAGAACUCUCUGGUGGCGUACUUCGUAUGACAAAUGAGAGAAUUGUCAAACUUGAUUAUGUCAUGUGUAUUUGGCCGUUCAGCGUCGGUUUUACUUACCUCGCUGAGAGAGAAAGCAACAACAACAUGUUCUUAGAGCCUUUCACACCCAAAGUGUGGUUCUGCUGCCUUGGACUGUUCGUCAUUCUAGCUUUGGCACAACGCGCCACUGCUAAGACGAAACAUGAAAAAGAUGGCGCGUAUAUCGCUGUGUUAGCUACUACUUUGCAACAAGAUGCGAGUGCCGUACCAGCGGGUAUAUCAGGACGUUGGACCUUCUUAGUCCUUUCAGUAUUCUCUAUUCUAAUCCACGGAUAUUAUACAUCAGCGAUAGUCUCAGCUCUAAUGAACGCCGGCAGAGGCGGACCGAACUCACUUAGGGCACUUGGAGAUUCAAAAUACUCUAUCGCCUCUGAAGAAUACGAUUAUAUGAAAUACACCAUGUUUGAUGUGGAGACAAAUUGGGAUGAUUUGGAAUAUUUAAAGAAGAAAAAGCUAACCAGCAACUUCUAUCAGGAUAUCAAAGUUGGUGUUCAGCUCAUAAGAACUGGCAGUACAGCAUUCCAUUCAGAAUACAACCAGCUUUACCCUCAUUUGAAGUCCUUUACUGACGACGAAUUGUGCAAGUUGCAAAGUGUUGACACGAUCCCAGAGAUUAAUUCAUGGGUAACAACAAUGAAACGCGGACAAUGGACACCAGCUUUUAGAAAGGCUGGUGCUUGGCUUCACGAGGUCGGCUUAGCCAAACGAUUAGUCAACCACCUCCGCAUAAAACCUCCUCCCUGCCGAGCUGCUCUACUAGCUGAAAGGAUAUCCUCUCUCAAUGAUCGUAUGGCGCACAUGUUGAAUUCUUUUUACACACCUAUGCCUAAUUCACCACCGAUGCCAGUUCCGAUACCCGUUGCAACGGAUUAUCCGAACCCAUUCGACGUGAAUCCAUAUCAGUACGCACAACCCAGCAUUCAAUACGGCUCACCGGCUUUCUACAGUCCACAAAUGUUUCCGAAACCAGCUAUGAAGCCCUACUAUAAUGCACAACCAAAGGAAUACCCAUCAAUGAAUUGGGGGAACUUUUACGAUUACCCUAUGUAUCCUGAUUUCGAACGUCCACAGUUUUCUCCACCGAUGACGUAUCCCACCCCUCCUCCGCCUUAUUCUCCGGCACCAUAUACCCCCCCUUGUACCCCAAGUCCGCCUAUCCCAUCUUAUCCAUCAUGGGAAUAUUCCGUUACCCCCGAAUAUUCGUACAGUUACCCCACGUAUCCACCUCCGCCGUCUCAAUUUACCCAAUAUACCUUACCCUCGCCUCCACAACCGUCUUACCCGUCGCCAUUAUACCACAGAUACGCAGAGAUCGCCCCGCCGACCCCUUAUAUAUACUAA